AAGUGUCCGGACUGGAAGGGGGUGAAAGUGUCCGGACUGGAAGGGGGUGAAAGUGUCCGGACUGGAAGGGGGGGGAAGUGUCCGAACUGGAAGGGGGUGAAAGUGUCCGGACUGGAAGGGGGGGGAAAGUGUCCGGACUGGAAGGGGGGAAAGUGUCCGGACUGGAAGGGGGGGAAAGUGUCCGGACUGGAAGGGGGGGAAAGUGUCCGGACUGGAAGGGGGGGAAAGUGUCCGGACUGGAAGGGGGGGAAAGUGUCCGGACUGGAAGGGGGGAAAGUGUCCGGACUGGAAGGGUUGGGAAAGUGUCCGGACUGGAAGGGGGGAAAGUGUUCGGACUGGAAGGGGGAGAAAGUGUCCGAACUGGAAGGGGGUAAAAGUGUCCGAACAGGAAGGGGGUGAAAGUGUCCGGACAGGAAGGGGGUGAAAGUGUCCGGACUGGAAGGGGGGGAAAGUGUCCGGACUGGAAGGGGGGGAAAGUGUCCGGACUGGAAGGGGUGAAAGUGUCCGGACUGGAAGGGGGUGAAAGUGUCCGGACUGGAAGAGGGUGAAAGUGUCCGG